CGGGGCCUGAGGGACAGAGCCCGGCCGGUCCCGCUCCCUAUGCCCCGAACCGCCCCGAUCCGCUCCAUGUGGGGCCGCUCCUCGCCCGCAGCCGCUGCCGCAGCAUCGUCCUUCUGCUAUGGCUCGGAAAACAGUUAGCAGGAAGCGGAAAGCGGCGGCGCCGGCCGCCGCGGGGCCUGGGGGGCUCCAGGGGGAGCAGUAUGUGUGGGAUCACUCGGUGCACAAAAGGAAGAGGCUCCCCCCGGUGAAGAGGUCCCUGGUGUACUACCUGAAAGGGAGGGAGCUCCGGAUGCAGAAUGAGUCCAGCUACCACCGCCUGUUGCACGGAUACGCAGCCCAGCAGCUCCCCAGCCUCCUGAAGGAGAGAGAAUUCCACCUGGGAACCCUCAAUAAAGUGUUUGCCUCCCAGUGGCUGAACCACCGGCAAGUGGUGUGCGGGACGAAAUGCAACACGUUAUUUGUAGUCGAUGUCCAGACUGGUCAAAUUACCAAGAUUCCUAUUCUGAAGGAUCGUGAACCGGGCAUGGUGAACCAGCAGGGAUGUGGCAUUCAUGCCAUCGAGCUCAACCCCUCGAGGACCCUCCUGGCCACAGGUGGAGACAACCCCAACAGUCUUGCAAUUUAUCGCCUGCCUACACUCGAUCCUGUCUGUGUGGGAGAUGAUGGACAUAAGGACUGGAUAUUUUCAAUUGCAUGGAUCAGUGAUACUAUGGCUGUUUCUGGUUCCCGGGAUGGUUCGAUGGGUCUCUGGGAAGUCACAGAGGAUGUGUUGUCCAAAAGUGAUGCCAGGCAUAACCUCUCUCAAGUUCCUGUCUAUGCCCACAUAACACACAGUGCUCUGAAGGACAUCCCCAAGGAGAACACCAAUCCUGACAACUGCAAAGUCCGAGCAUUGGCCUUCAACAAUAAGAACAAGGAGCUGGGAGCAGUGUCCCUGGAUGGGUAUUUUCAUCUUUGGAAAGCAGAGCUCACACUAUCAAAGUUACUUUCCACAAAGUUGCCAUACUGCAGGGAGAACGUGUGUUUGGCUUAUGGUCAGGAGUGGUCAGUGUAUGCAGUAGGAUCACAGGCACAUGUCUCGUUUCUGGACCCGAGGCAACCUUCCCACAAUGUUAAAUCCGUCUGUUCCAAAGAACGAGGCAGUGGUAUCCGGUCGGUGAGCUUCUACGAGCACAUCAUCACCGUGGGAACGGGGCAAGGCUCCCUGUUGUUCUACGAUAUCAGAGCCCAGAGGUUCCUGGAUGAAAAGCCCCCCCGUGCCUGCUAUGGAUCAAAGCAAAAAUUAGGAGGAGGUGAAAUUUUGAAGUUGACAACUGGGAAAGGCUGGCUGAACCAUGAUGAAACCUGGAGGAAUUAUUUUUCUGAUAUAAAUUACUUCCCAAAUGCUGUUUACACCCACUGCUACGACUCGUCUGGAACGAAACUCUUUGUGGCAGGAGGCCCCCUUCCAUCAGGACUUCAUGGGAAUUACGCUGGUCUCUGGAGCUAAUGAUAACUCUUCAUAAAUGCUGAUCUUUACACAGAUUUCCACUUUUCUUUUCCUUUUUUUAACAACAAAAUUGUGUGAUGCCAUUGAUCCCUGAUUUAAGCGCAAGUUAUUUUUUGGCAGAGUUUUCUGUUGGUCUCCAACAGUUUUGUACAUCUUUUUGAACCGAUUUUUUGCUUUAACCUCCUUGAUCCUUUAUAUGAAGGGGUUUUGAAGUCCUUUUUUUAUUGUAAUUACUCCAAAUGACUCUUUCCCCCCCAUUUAGGGUGUCUUGGCCAUGUGCCCCCUCCCCUACUUUGCUGUGAGGUAGGAUUCCUUUCUUACAGAGUGGUUGCUCCUGGGCUUUCUGUGAAAGUCUUGGGGCUGUGUGUGUGCAGGUACUUCGUGUCAGUUACAUUACCUGGAGUGAGGACUACUUGUAAUUAAAAAAUAUUAAAAGUAUUUAUAAGAGAUAAGCUACUACUUUAUCUGCAGAGCCUGGCCCUGGCCUGGAUUGAUCUUAUUUUUUAAAAGUACAAGUCUAAUGACACUGUUUUUACGUAGAGUGAUAUGGUUAUUUUAAGCUGUACUCACUGGAGCCCAGGCACAGAUUCCCCCAGGGUAUUGCCCAUCAUGUCCAAAGUGCAGGAGUUCUAAAAAGUGCAUUUGUAUUUGAAUGGUAGUUUUCAACAGUGCCAGGAGCAAAAACUGAUCUUUUGUUUCUUCACUGCCUGUCCCAGGUAUCAGCUUUUGCGCAGCUGGAGUUUGCAAAGGCUGUUCUGCAGCGUGGCUGUUGCAGGGUGAGGUUACGUUGAGAGCUGCAGAGGUGCUGAGGGGAAAUGGGGGCUGCUUAUUCAAAAUGAACUAAAUCUUAUCUGUUUUCCAGAUGAGCCAUGGUUUCUGACUAUGCUGUUGGGGUAGCUCAUGAGCUUUUCCUAAACUGCCUAAAACCCAGGACCUUUUUUUAUACCAGGUUCUGGAAAUUUUUCCUGUUUUUGUUGUUCCGGUUGGCCAUCUGCUCUAAUAAGCCAAUGAAAUAAAUAAACUAAUUUUUUUUCUACAAGAUUAAAGAGUGCAUCUUGGACUUAACUAAUGCAAGUGUGAAGCUUUCCAUGUAGGAGGAUAGCUCGAUGUCAGCCCACGUUGUGCCGCAUAUACUGUAGGAGAGGCUCAGCCUUUCCCCGAAUCCCCUGCUGCCUUCUGCUUCCAGGCUCCCGUGAACUUCACGUGGGACUGGGAAGGGAGAACAGCUCCAGUGCCCUUCAGGUUCAGCUGUGAAGCGUGUGCAUCCCAGAGUGAUGGUCUUACUCAAUACCCAGCUAAAGUGCAGGUCUCCAGGUGCUCCUCCUUUUGGCAGGCACCAGACUCUCAGCUUGUUAUUGAUGCCUCUCUCCUCUGCUGGGAUGAAUGCCUUUCCCCUGGCACCGGUGAAGCAAAGUGUGCCUGGACCUCACUGCUUUGGUGACAAACAGGGAGUUGGCUGAAGCUGAGGGGAAAGACAAGGUUGGGACAUGCUCUGCUCUCCUGUCUCUGUGGAGAUCACAGAGUUCCUGCUGACAGCCCAGAGCCUGUACUUUGUCUUUGCAGUCCCUCUUGUCUUCAUACUCAGUAUCUUCUUCAGUAAUUCCAAGCAGUGAGCCUCAGGCUUAAUUUCCAGUUGGCAAGGAGACCUGCAUGGAAAUCCUGCAAAGAAUGCAGUUCCCUCCCGUCCGGCUGGAAAGCCUGGCAAGAGAAGAGCUCUCUCCCAGAUGUGCACCUGUCCCAGAAGUGUAAUUUACACUGAGCACUGAUACAGGUGCUUCACAAACACAUCAUCUUCCAGUGUUUCAUAGUGGUACUUCCCUUGUGGGCUGGUUGCUUAAGCUGCAGCAGUUCACGGUGCUGUGUGUUCAGCUAGCCAGGCUUUUCUCCAAAGAGGGCAAAUUAUAUACCAUGGGGUAGUCAAGAGUUAGGGUUGCACAUUUUCCUUGGAGUUGUUCAUCGUUUCAUUUUAAAGGUGUCAUAAUGGUGCCUGUGUUGUUCUUUCGUGGCAGCUUACUCCUUUGGAUAUUUUUUGGUUUAAAAAAGUGAAAGUAUACAAAGAAAAACAAGUCUUGGUCAAGUAUGGCAGGAUUUGUAUUUCUUGGAUUACUCCUGCAACUACUGUGUAAGAUCACUCUGUUAUAGGGAACAUGUUCUGCUUUUUUUAUUGAGCUUGGUUUGAAGAUCACUGUUAUAGGGAACAUGUUCUGCUUUUUUUAUUGAGCUUGGUUUGAAGUUUGUUUUGUUUUGUUUUUCUAAAGAAGCUAGACAGUUGAGUCUACUUGACUGUCCUCCAGAAAACAACAACAGAAAAUAGAUAGGCACUUCAUGUCUACAGUGCCAAAGGACAGCUCCUGGUUUGGAAAUUCUAGCCCUGAUAUUGAUCUGUUGAUUGAAGCAUAUUCCAGGUCAUGAUGAGGGGGAAGAAAAGGUAUUUGAAUGGACAGAACUUCAGCCUUCAAACAUGGAGGCCACUUUUUCUGCAGUCUCUAAGCUACUGAGGAGGCACCACUGGAAAUUGUCCCUCCUUGCUGACUCUGAUCUCCACAAGUACCUCGAUAUGUGGUCUUGAGCCUGGUAUUCUGAGUGCCCUCUUCCUCCUUUUUUUUUCUGCCCUGGAAAGAUCUCAGAGAGAUCUGGACAAUGAUGUAAAAUUCCUCUAGUCUCACAUGUUUCUGCUUUCAGGGCUCUUUCUUGUCAAGGUAACUUCUCAUGGGAAGGGAACCAUCUUUGUUGCUGUAUGAAUAUCCCCCCAAAAAGGGAAACAAAGUAGGUGACGCUGGUAGCACACAAGCAAAUUGGGCCUGAAAAAUCUUAAUUUCUAGCAUGUUUCAGUGGUUUUAAAUGCUUAUAGCAAUACAGAUGUUGAGUUUUAGAAUAUUUUGUGGUCGGUCACAAAUUUUGUUCCAAUCAGUGUUAGAAAUUGAGGCAGAGAAAGGUGAUGUGCUCAAGACCUUCAGUUUGCCUAAACUGGGUAGAAGUUGGAGGCUGGGUCAGACUUGGGAACUGGGCAGUUGUCCUUGUACUUCUUUCACUGAUGGGAUUACACAGUGACAGUCUGUUCCUUGGAGGGAAGACACUCUGGUUUAUCUCAUCUGAAGGAAAGAAAAGAACUUAAAUCAUAACAUGCCUUCAAACCCGCUGCUAUUGACUUCUCAGUCAUAUGGGAUCUUCUGUGCUGCUGCUCAGCUUUUUUCAGUAGACUACCAUGUUAAUUUGGGUAUCUUUGGGUAUUGUAUUUUCAGUAUUCGUAAUAACAGGUAAUCAAACCAGUGACUAAAUUAUGGGUUUGGUAAUACCUGGCUUGUGAGCACUGGGUAGCAACUCCUCAGUAACAGCUGGGUGUUAUGUGAUGGGACAUUCCUGAGGAAUCAGAGGCUCCUUUGCAAUGUUGGCUUGAGCACAGCAAUGAGGAUGGUGCUCUCCCUCUUCACCAAACACCUUAUUCCUGUAAUUCCUCCAGCUUUCUCCCUUGUACAGUCAAGUCUGCUCGGGAGAACUGCUGGUGCUCUCCUCUGGCGCUUACUGGGAUUGCAGUAAAGAAGUGAGUCCAUUUGUUCAGUUCCUUCAUCAGUGCUGCUGAUGUUAGUUCAAGGUGAGUAAAUUACCAAAGAAUAGUUAGUAGGUGUUUGUUCCUAGUCUCAGUUGUUAACUUUCCUCAUAGAUCCAUUUUUAAGAUCAUUGGUAGAGUACCCAGUGAUCUUGCUGGAUUUAGUCAGUCCACAAAGGUUACAUCAUAUUGUGGGUGACUCCUGUGACUCUCUUCAUGAAGGGAGCUCCUGAACUACAUUGUGAGGUUUAUAUUUGCUGCCUCCAUUUCAGGUCUUUGGCAGCUUUUUAUAUCUCAAGGAUUAAGAUACUUGGGGAUCGUUCUCCUCCAGAAUUUCAUCCUCUUCCUUCACCAGAGUGCUUGCUUUGUAUAUAGCUUGCAGCUGCAGAGUUAACAGAUUAAAAGUUAUGAUCUAGCUAUGUUGAGUGGUGCUUUGGUGUCUUAAUUUCUGCCCCUCAGUUGAGAGGCACUUCCAGACCUUGUGAACUGCUGUCCCUCACCUGGUGCAGGUGGGAAACAAAGCUGGCUUGCCUAGACCCUUCACAGAGGUCACCUCUUUGCUUUGUUUGCAAGAAACCAAGAGCAGGUGGGCUGUCAGUUGCACCUUGGAAAAGCAACAUUGUCUUUCAGCAGCCAGGUGGGAGCUCUGAGGUCUGUUUGUGGUGGUCUGAUACCCUUAUUUUCCGUAAACCCACUUUUCCAAGGUGUCUGAUAUAUUCUUAAUUCUUUUUCAAUUGCUGCUAUGACUGAAUUACUGGACUGGGGUACAGCUUGUUCCUAAGGAACACAUGCAGAGCUGUGUGUGGUGCAGGGGGAGCUGAUCCUCUGACCAGCCUGUGCUGAGCCUGGGACUCCUGUCCAUGCCAGGCUCGUGCUUUCUACUUAAAGCCAAGUGAAAAUCCCUGUGUGCCCCACUGGCCAUCCCACAGUCUGAGCCUGUGGUGUGACCUCAACUUAAAAUGCCUUUCUGACUGUUGCAGUGCCUCAGUAACUUGUUUGAAAGUCUCUGAAGCACAGGCACCCAGAACAAGGUAGAGUGGAAAGGAGAGCACAGCCACAUCUUGUAUGAAGGAAUCUCUGCCUGCACGUGCUCUCCUUUGCCCCUUCAGGUGAGCACUUUGUGUGGUGAGGGGGCACCAGAGAAAUAGUGAAAGGCAAACUGCUUGGUAUGGCUUCUGGGAUGCCAGAGGAAUUUAAAAACACAGAGGGGAUACCUGAAAGGGCUGAAUCAGAAACAUCUCCAGAGAGAUCAAAUAUAUUUCCCUGUCAUUCUUGUUUCAGUGCUAAAUGUAGGACAUAUCUUUUUGCUUGUGGUUGCUGGGUUAGUUUAGGAAAACCAUAUGGUGGUUGGCUACUUAAAAGAACGCUCUUGCAGAAAGAAAUCUUCCCAUUUCAUAACAGCCUUUUCCAUUAGUAUCCUGCUGGGAGCGGUAUGGUCUAAGAAAGUGCACACAGGGUUGGGAGAGUUGGUAAAAUCCGAGCUGCCUGACUGUGUACCCAAAAAAAACCACCAACCCUUGAUUGUAUACAAAUUGUGGUCGUUGGACUGAAACUGAGAGGGUGUAUACAAACUUUUGCAAUGCAGUGCAAUGUCUCUAGUCCUAGACGUUGAUUCUUUUGCCUUCAGGACAAAAAUCUAGAAGUCAAUACAUUGAUUUCUUAGGAACUGCUUUUCUAGAUUCCCUUACUAAAAGGGAAAAUUCAGGUGCUGAAUUUUAUCUCAUUAAACUUGUACUUUUUAUUUGCCCAUCCACCUGGUCUCUCUUCAUUUCCAAGGCCUCCCACAGUCUCAGGGUAUAUAAAUCACUAUGACUCAUCCAAAUAGUACCUAAAUGGACCAACCAGAGGUUAAUGUGCCUUCCUCUUCUGGUACCUUGAUCUUUGUGAGGUUAUCUCACAGACUUGUCCCUGUCCUAGGGCUGGGUACGUGCAUUGUCUUUUUCUAAGAUGUGCGUGUUGAAAUUGCAACAGGUUUGUACUGUUACUUGUGACUUGUUCCCUUUGUGUUAGGAUGUGUAGACACAAAUCAACGCACUGGUUGGUCUCAUAUCAGUCUUACCAGUGACAUCUGUCAGUGCUUGCUUGUUGUGCUCAUGUGUACACUAAUGCUGGAUCUUCCCCACUGCACGUGGUGCAUAUCAUGCACAGAAUACACAAGGUGUUAUAAAAUGUGCACUGAUCACAACUUGAUGCCCGAGGGUAGGAUUUCCUACAGUGAACUGUUUUUAAUGUUUGGGGUUCUUUUUCCCCCAAAUACAUGUGAUAAGAUCCAAAGCCUUGAGGGGGGGGAGGCGAUGGAAAUCAAGACUUGCUGAUACUUGCUGGCUUUUGGUCUGAAUGCAGGGUCUGAUGUUUGUUAACAACUCCUGCAAAUCAAUCCAUCUAACAGAGCCUUUCUCAGCUUGUUUCUGUAUUGAGCUGUGUCAGAAAUGAUGCUGGAUCCUAAACUAUCCCAGAAGCUGUCAAGUGAAAUAGUAACAGCUCUCUUCAAAUAUUACAGUGCACCUUUUUAACUGUAAGAUAAAACUAUUAGAAGUUAUGAUGCAGCUUGCAAAUGGAACAGUGGGAAAUUGCAGAUGGCAUGUGCUACCAACCUGUCUGCACAUCGGGCUUAGUGUUCUGUUACCCUGCAAAUUGUUUCUUCUCUCUGAAAAGUGAAAUUUUUUUUUAAUUUUUUUUUUAAUAGAAAGAUAUUACACUUUUGGCUUAGUUUUCUAAGGAUAUCUUUGUUAAAAGCCUCAAACCAACAUCUGGAAUUUGGACUGAGUUUCCAUCUCUUAAGCAGAUGGUGCAAUUGAUAUGUUAUGUCUCAUAAGAACAUGGAAACAGGAACACGUCCACACUCACUGUGGCCUUCCACGGGCAUGCCUAUCCAUAAUUAACUGAAUUACAGCACUGCACUCUUGAUACAUGAGGACACCUUUGUAUUUAGAAUCAGCACGAUUAGUCAUCGGUGCAUUGACAUUAAUACAUGGUCAUGGAGCUCCAAGGUAUGUGUAUUUCCUGUGCUGACUGCAUCUGCUCUCUCUGUAACCCAGUGCAGACUUACUCUGGAGUUCUCUUUUUGCUGCUUGGUAACUUCAGAGUUUCUUUAAAUUCUAUGUUUAUGACAGUAACUUUUCAGAGUAGAACAGAUGGAUUUAACUUUGUUUUCUAUUUUAAGCAUCUUCCUCUUCUCCCAUUUCUUCCUAGUUCACCUGUAACAGUCAAUUCAAAGCUGUCUGCCUACUCUGAAAAUUAUCAAUCCAUAAAAAAAAGAAAACCUAUAGCCCAACACGGAAGGAUCACUCUGUGCUUUUGCCAUAAACUUGCGUGGCUGGCUGCCUGCCUUGCAAGUGGAGACUCCACCGCUGCACAGGCUGCAGAAGCUGAAAUUCUCUUGCAUCCAUGUAGUUUGGUGGAUCAGGAAACGGAGGUGCCCUGCAUCUGCACCCAAGUGAGUUUGUCAAACUGAUCCAUAGUGGUUUAGCCAGAGAACUGGCACUUUUGGCUGCUACUCAAAGAACUAAAGGUUUCAGUGAGGGCAAAGCCAGGAGGAUGAAUUGCUGACUUGAUCCUAUUUAAAGGCUUUCUCCACAGAUUUUUUUUUUUUUUGGUCUUUUGCAUAGUUGGUGGAUUAUAAAAGAGUAGGGUAUGACCUAAAUAAUAACCCUGUGCUCAAAAGUUAUUCUAAUGAACUUUGGCCAGCGGUAAUGCCACAGGCUGGCUACGCUCAGAGGUGAGCUGGCAAUGGAGUGUUUGAAGGGUAGGCCUUGAGGGUUUGCUCCAUUAUGCCUUACAUCACUGCAGAUUAGUUGCUCCCAGAGCUGUCAAAACUCAUGUUCAUCCCUCUUGAUGUGAGGAGUGAAGCUGCAUGGGGAAGAACCUGUUCCCCCAGUGGUCACUCAGUCUUCCCCUCAACGCUCAAGGUUACCAGUGCACUUGUCUCUGUUUUCAUGACUGACUGUGACUAAUGUGCCUCAUAGCUGCCACCAGGCACCUCCAUGUGCUUCAUGCUGGGAUGAUGGAGUGGAAGGGCCUUGUCUGCAUCGUCCUCCCCCUGCUGGUUGUUGACAUUGCAAGGGUAUAACAGGCCAGCUGGGAUUUACGGCUUCAGCUGGUUGCUCUGGGCGUCUUUCACAGUGUGAUAUGGGGCCAUUAUGAAAAGGACUGGAUAAGUGACUUUGAAUGGGCUCUGUCCCUUUUGUUCAAAAUGCUGUCUCCAGUCUUGGCCUCUCAUCCCAGACUCACAUCUUGCCUGGGACUUGAGCAAGUUCCCUUGUCCUCUCAUGAUUUACUAGUUCAGGUACCAGUUCUGCAAAGCCUGGGGGUACCUGUUAGAACCCUACUACAGUCUGAAACUUCUACACUUGCUUAGGCAGUGGCUCACUGAACGGGGACCUUGCUCAUAGUCUCCCUACUCAUUUUACUCAGCUCUAGAUAUCUUCCUGGACUGCCAUUCCCCUUUCAGUCUGAAAGGGUUUGCUCCAAGGUCAUUCCUGCUCUGGGAAGGAGUUGAUUCCUGUACUGCUGGUCAUUGCACUUUGGUGGCUUUUACUUUUCUCGGUUUUAUUCUGGGGUUCACUGCAAAUGUACAAAACCAUUCUGACUUCUUCAACCUGUGAGGCAUCAUAAUUAUUUUUCUACUCCCAAAAUGCACAGAAACAAAGAUCUCUUAGACAAGUUUUAAGGAGGAAAAGCAGCUGCAUACACAUAAGUAGAAAGGUAUCUCUGGGUAGAAUAGGUGAGGGAGCAGUUUAAGAAUUUUAAGUGUAAGAAUAGUGAUGGAUUUUUUUUGUUUCUUUUAUAAAAGUUCCUUUAACAGGAGGUUAGGUGGUGUUUUAAUCCACAGAAAGUUGCAAUGUAAACCGGGGUUUUUUGUUCAUCAAUGCAAAAUGUGCCUCUCAACUAUAAUGCAAAGUCAGUCUCUCACUGUCUGCAGUGACAGCAGUUUAACUGAAGACUGAUUUAAUGUGUUUCUUGCUCUUAUGUGUAAUCCUCCAUACAACAGUCCUUGCUGGUCUUUCCCAAGCACUAUUCAGCACUAUCCCUAUUUGAAAGCAAAACAGGCCUUGUGUUGAGCAGUGUAACCUGAUGAACUUCCGUGGUUUGAGAGAGACACUGAAGAGAAGAGUCCAGGUUCCAUGUGUUUUAAUACAACUUUAAACCAGUGCAGCUAUUCUCUCAGACCAGCACCGCUUCCUGCCUUUCCCUCCAUUUAGAUGGGAAUCUAAAAGUAAAUCAAGCAAUACCUGACCCAAUUAAUGAGCUUGCAGGUGGAACAUGGGGGUUUUUUUUAAAUUUGAAGACUGAUAUUUCUCUUCUGCAAGAACUUGUCCUGGGUGCAAGAGCUUGGAUCUCAGAUUACAGCUCUUCUACCAGCUUGUUACAUGCAAUUAAGUAUUCCUUCUGAAGAGGACUGUGGAAAAGCUGUGAAGGUGUAGACUGGAACUGAUAAUUUUAGGUUAUCUGUGUGUUGCUUGACUACAUGGACAAUAUAACAGUGAUUUUUUUUUUUCCAUGUGUCAGUCACAAAUAAUUCUUAAUUUGCUGUUUGGAGGAAAACUGCUAAUAGAUAAGUUUCCAGAUCAAAUUAUGAGCCUAAUUUUCCCUCUUGCAUAACCGGGUUACUGUGUUCACAUGCCAGAAAGAUGUUGCUCUUUGAAAAAGCAUGUUUGUGUAUGUGGCAAUGCCCCAUGCACUUUUUAAAUACCUAGAUCUGUACCUUCUCAUCUGAGUAUUGUUAACCACGCUGUAGUCUGACCAAUGGAUCUUUUACUACUGCCCUGUUAUAUAGAUAAUUGUAAUUCACUGCAGUUUGGUUUUUUCCACUUCUUGAAGUUGCGUGAUCUGAAAAUUGGUGAACAGAAAGUAUUUGUGCAUCUUACUAUGGGUAUCUCUAAAUAAAAUGUAUUUGUAUAGUG